GCCAGGCUAACGUGAACCAAAAGAAGGCGGAAAUGGCGUCCGUAUAUAAGUCCGUUUCGAAGAAACGGAAACCCAGCCUAAAAGAAGAUGAACACGAUGAGGACGUGGAGAUGGAGCUAGAGGAGAGGCUCAGUGACGAGAGUAGCGAUAGCGAAUCGGACGAGCAGUCAAUUGAGAAUCAUGAUACGAACGGCGAAAUGAAUACAAAUUCCAACGACAGAUCAAAUUCAUCCGGGUAUAUGCCCAAAACUAGAGUUUUAAUGCUCACGUCUAGAGGUGUAACGCAUAGACAUCGUCAUCUCCUUGCCGAUCUCGCGGCUCUCCUUCCACAUACCCACAAAGAAAGCAAACUCGAUACCAAGAAGAAAACAACCGGAUAUAACUUCCUCCUCAAUUCCCUCGCCGAUCUUCACUCGUGCAAUGUCAUUUUCUUCCUCGAGGCGCGAAAACGCGGACAGGACCUUUAUCUGUGGCUCUCACGGCCGCCGAAUGGCCCCACGAUAAAAUUCUCCGUAACCAAUUUACAUACAAUGGGUGAAUUAGGCACGGGGUUCGCCGGAAAUUGCUUAAAAGGUGGCAGGGGCGUGGUUGUUUUUGAUCAAUCGUUUGGUGAUGAAGAGGUUAUGAAGACCGGAAACGAAUGGAGAGGGCUUGUUCGGGAAAUGCUUAGAGGGGUGUUUUCUGUGCCUAAACGUGGGGUGAAGGGAAUGAAGCCGUUUAUUGAUCGGGUGAUCGGUGUUUGCUGGGUUGACGGGAAGAUAUGGAUCCGAGUCUUUGAGAUCCGGGAGACGGAUGGUAAGAGGGAGAAGGAUGGUGAAGAGGAGGAAGCUGCCGAUAAAAGGAGGUCUACGCGGGGGAAAGAUAGGCUACCAAAUGUUUCUCUGGUUGAGAUUGGUCCGCGAUUUGUUCUUACGCCGAUUGUGAUCCUUGAGGGCAGUUUUGGUGGCCCCGUCAUCUACGAGAAUCGCGAAUAUGUGAGCCCGAACCAGGUACGGCGGGAGAUCAGGGUGAAGAAAGCCGCUAGGUAUGCUUCGAGACGUGCGGGGCAGAUGGAUAGGACGGUGAAGAAUGCUGGAUUGGGAUUGGGCGCUGAGGGCGAGGCAAAUAGGAAAAAGGAUGAGCUUGAUCCGCAUGUGCUUUUUGCAUGAACUCGUUCAUGGUAUUUUCUAUUUCCUAGUCUGGUGGUGGGAGUAAUGUAUUAUUCCGGUAGGUGUAUUUACGGGCAAUUCU